GGUUUUUUCGGCCUCGUGCCUCCAUUUUGCACAGACUCGGUGAUUUCCGGGAUUUUGUAGAACUGGGUUCGCUAAAGCCCAGAGGUCCACCGCUGGAAGAGGAUCGCCCUCAAACACUGGGCAGCAAUGUUAAUAGCAACAAGACAUCCGGUUGUGUGAACCUUUGCCUUUCGUGCUAUCGUUUAACGCUGUGAACUCUUGGGAAGAAGUUUACCGAGUUGGCAAUAAACAACCGUCAGUAUGACAGCGGACCUAUGUAAGCUUUCACACGACUAGUUACGUGUUUUUCGAUUUUAACAGUUUAACAGUUUUUCGGUGGUCAGUCCGACGGUGGAUCAUCUACUAAAGAGCAGCAGGUUACUGUUUAACAUUAAUGUUGUUUGGGACAGGAUCUCACAUCGACCGACAGAGUUUUUGUGAGAAGCUCAGAUCAAGCGCUGAAGAUUGAGGGGACUGUCGACGUCUUCCGGAUUUUCCAAGAUGCCUAUUCCUCCUCCUCCCCCUCCACCUGGACCUCCACCGCCCCCCAGCUCUAGCCAGGCAAACACCUCACCUCCAAAACUAAAUCGAGAUGAUGGUAAAGGAAGAGGAGCUCUGCUGUCAGACAUCUGCAAAGGCGCUAAACUGAAGAAGACCACUGUGGUCAAUGACAGAAGUGCACCUAUCAUCGAAAAUGCUGGAGGUCGAGGUGGCAGUGGUGGAGGAGGCGGUGGUGGAGGAGGUGGUGGAGGAGGAGGAUUUGGAGGUGGCUCUGGGCCAAUGGGCAUGGGAGGAUUGUUCAGUGGAGGAGUGCCUAAACUACGACCAGUCGGAGACAGCUCUGUAGGACGGUCAGCGCUGCGGCCGCCUUGCUCUCGGCCUGGAGUCUCUCGUGGCACGAGUCAUUCUGAACCGGACGGACCUGUCCGUGGCAAUGGAGGCCAUUCGUCACCUUCAGAACAGUCACGAAAUCAGCGUCCAUCCGUGCCAGACACCUCCAAACCGUCUGCUCCCAGCAGCUCCUCAAAACCCACCAGCUCCGCUCCGCAUCCACCCCCAUUCAAUCGCGGGGGCAACCGCGGGCCCUCCUCAGCCCAACAGGGUUCAGGGGCACACAGUCGUGAGAAACCCCUUCCACCUCCACCUUCAAGCAAGGGGCCUCCACCGCCGCCAUCUUCUCCGAGACACCCCCCUCUUUCAUCUCGCUCAUCUUCAUCCUCCUCCUCUUCCUCAAACGCACCUCCACCUCCUCCUUAUCGUCAGCCCACUAAUACUUCAAAUGGUGACCCGCCCCCCGAUUUGCCACAAAGGCGAAACUCGCUGAACAAGAGAAGCCAUGGCAAUGCUAACGUCCGUAGCCAGGCUCCUCCUCCUCCACCCCCUGCCCAGCAGAACAGACGACCUCCGCCACCAUCACGAGAUCCAGUGGUGCGCGGCACAGCUCCUCAGGUUCCUCCUCCUGGAAAUCGUAACGGGGUUCGAGAAACACCACCCCCUCCACCUCCUUAUCGCAUCGGGCAACAGACGUCUUCUGAACCCCCUAGUCGAGGGAAGCCCCCUCCUCUGUCCUCUGCUGGACGUCAGCAUUCAGGACACGCACCUCCACCUCCUCCACCUCUCCGUAAUGGACAUACGUCAUCUGCCCCCAGAUCCUUGCUCGAUGAUUUUGAGUCCAAGUACGACUUCCACCCUAUAGAGGACUUUCCCCCACCUGAAGAAUACAGACCCUUCCCGAAGAUCUACCCCAGCCAAAGCAACAAGGUGAGAGGCGCUCCUCCACUGCCUCCUGUUGGAGGGAAGUGAACACUUCAGAGAAGAGAAGGACCAAGAAGAGAUGACACAAACACAUAAACAUGCACGCAUAUGCAGUAAAUAUUUAUGUGUGUUUGCCACACAAACAUUAAUUGCACCUACAAACACAUCGAAUAAUGUGACAUCUUCCUUAGGGCAACACUAUAAACACCUACAUAAUCCAAACCACUCCAGAAUGCUGUACCUCUAGACCUAAAAAUACUGUGCAAUAUUCCUGUGCUGCUUAGAAAUGCACCUUUUAAUAUCGUGUCAGAUGACAGCAGCACAGCGAUGCGAGAGCAGACGGUUCUCCAGUUCACAUGAAGCUAGAUAUGUACAUUCCACCUGUUUCUUACAGCAACCAAAGUUUUUUAUUCGGUGAGAAAAUGUGUAGCACUUGAGGAUAAACGAUGACUAUGCAUAUCAGACACAAAGUCUGUAUUUCUCUGGACAAUCAUGUAAUUGUAUUUUUAUUCUUAUUCUUUCUUUCCAAAUCAGUCAGGAAUGAGUUCAGUUCUGAAAGCGUUUGCUUACACUACAAAGGCCAUGAAACAGCCUUGUUUCUUGUUCAUCUCACAGUUGUGUUUUCUUCAUCACACUACAGAGUCAAAAACUAUGACAGCCAAUAAGGUCGCAGAGCUGAUUUAAAAAUAAAAAUAAAAAUCAGCUCCAUGCUGAAUUUAAACUACAUUUUUACUGAUCAAAUAUACACUUAAGUGCCAUGGAAGAUUUGGUGUUGUUGGAGAUCUGUUUUUUUUAAACAGAUAGUGCCAUCUGCUGGCUGAUCUGCACACUUUCUCCUGCUGGGUACCAAUGUUUCUGGGUCAUUUACACAUUGCUUUUCAUCAUUAGUUUUAAACCUAAACUAAAUUUCAGAAAAUAAAGUUUUCUAAUGGGCGUAUUUUAAUUCUGUGACAUUGUAUUAUAUAUUAUAAAGGGAUCAAAUAUGUUAAUAAUGUUAAGGCACUUCUGGCCAUUAAUAUAGAAGCUAUUAAUUGGGAUUUGGUGACCAAUCACUCUGACUUGUAAAUGUCCUUUUAUCUGUUUCUGAAUGUGUUCAAAUAUGUGUCAACAUAAUUCUGAAAUAAAAGGUGGGAAUGGGAA